AUGAAAUCAAAAUAUCCUAUUAAUUAUCAGUUUCAUGAUAAAGAAUUGAAUCCUCAAUCUGAUCAAAACACAUUAUCAUAUUUAUAUCAUUCAGAUAUGUUACAAAUAAAACCAGUUGAGUUAAUCAAAUCUUCAAAUAAUAAAGUUUGGAAAUUAUUCAAAAAAUCUUUACAUAGCAAUAAAUGUGAAGCAGAAAGGUGUAUAAAAAUUUUAUUGAUUAUAACAGAAGGAUUUAGUAUUAGUCGAUUGAAAAAAAAUUUAGUGGUUAGUUCAGAUACAAUUACGAAUGCACAUAAACAUGCUCACCUAUAUGAACCAGGUGCACCACAAUUUGAAAAGUCUAAAAGAAUUGUAAAUAAAAUGGCAGAAAUUAAAGAACAACAAUUUUUAUGGUUUUUUCAAGAUCGUGCUAAUAUUUCACAAAGUUCUUAUAAAAUUGAUUCAAAAAGUAAUUUACUUAUUUGUUAUUUACAUGAUCAAAAGUCUGAAUUAUGGAAAAAGUUUGAAGAAACAUAUCCAAAUGGUAUGAAAAAAACUUCUUUUAUGACAUGUCUUACUAAUGCUACUCAUUUGAAAUAUCGUGAUGAUCUUGGAGCCCUUUGUCAAAUUUGUAAUGAUUAUGAAUUUGAAUCAUUUGAAAAUCUUGAAUCCAUUGUUCAAGAAGAUAUUUCAGAAAAAAAAAAUUGGGAUAUAAUUUUAACUUAUAUAGAUCAAUUAAAAAGACAUAUGAGAAGAGGAUAUGAGGAAGAAUUAGAAAUUAAUUCUGAUGGAACAUUAGCUCAUAAUUCAUAUAUUUCACACUGUUUAUUAUAUGCAUUUGGGAACUGUAAUCAG